CAAGCACACAAGCUGAUAAAAGCACACCACAAUCUCAAACCGACCAUAUCAUCAUGGGUAAACCCGACAACCGUAGCAUCGCUGCUGAGAAGGAGUUCGCCUCUCUGGCGCAAGUGCUGGUCGAGAGUGCUAACGACGCGGCGCACUGUCUCAAGGUGCUUAAAAAGAACCUGACGGAGUACGAUAGUCGACAUGGCAACCGCUUCCGGGGCACGGCCAAGUCGUACUUGCGGAGUGAUAUCCGCAACGCGAAGGACGUAUCGGCGGAACUUCAGCACGUGGCGCAUAAGAUCAACAAAAGCCACAAAUGCUCCAAAAAGGAGAUAGCCUCAGCCCGGAAGCACAUGAACGCUACAUCCAACGCUUUGGACAUCUUGAAGACGACGGCCCGCAACUACGAUGAAAAGCAUGGACACGCGACAGGCGUCAAGGGCGCCAUCAAAAAUGCCGUUGACGGUUCGCACGACAACGACAUCAACGCGAGGGCGGACUAUCAUGGGGACCAUCACCAUGGUGGGAUUCUAGGCAGUUCAGAUACCGUUGAAGAACUCGUGAAGACAACUCUGCGAAACAACUUAAACCUCAGCGUACUGAUCUACCAGAUCAACACUGCGGAGAAAGCGAUGUCGCCAUCCAUUGUUGAGAAAGCUAAGGAAGCGAUGCACGGGGUAAAGGAGAAAUUGACGGGGGACCCGACUCGCAGACACUCAAUUACUUCGUAA